GAUUGUGAUUCAGAGUGGCGGUCGACUCCGGUCCCAGCUCCGCGUACUUCUCGGUCGUGCGCGUUAUUAUAUCUUUUGACGAAUCCUCUCUUCCUCUUUUUCAUUUUAUAUAUAUAUAUAUAUAAAUAUAUAUAUAUAUAUAUUUCCUUUUCCUAAUAUAAUAUACAUCUUCCGAAAAAAAAAAAAAAGAAAGAAGAAUUAAUACAAAAGGAUCCAAGUCCGAUCUUCCAGCAAGAAAGAAAAAAGAAAAAAAAAAAAAAGGAAAACCAACCCCAAUUCUUUCUUUAUCGUCCUUUUUUUAUCAUCCUCCGUUAAUAAUCCCUUACGGUGACGAAACGAUCGAAAGGGAAGAAAGAAAUUCUAUUUAUUUCGAUUUCGAUCGGAACGAGUCUUAAGUUCGUAGAAGAGAUUAACGAGAUAUAGAAAGAGAUAUAUAUAUAUAUAUAUAGAGAGAGAGAGAGAGAGAGAGAGAUACUGAGAGAAAAGUCGUGAAAAAAAAAGAAAAAAGAAAAGAUUGGAAUUGGUGUUGUGAAAGAAGGAAAUUUUAAGGGAGACGAAUCGAAGAAAGAAAAAGAAAAAGAAAAAGGAAUAUAUAUGUUUGAAAGAAAGUGAAUAGAAAAAAAAAAAAUAUAUAUAUAUAUAUAUUAUUACGUUAAUCGUUGGAAUUAAUAUCGUGAGGAAAGAUUUUUCAUCGUCUUCCUAAUAUCUUCUUCCUUAUUCCCUUUUCUUCCUUUUUUGGUCUGUCUCAUGAAUAAUAUGCGUAUGUCCGUUUAGAAGAAGAAGAAGAAGAAAAAGAAGAAAAAGAAGAACAUUCCUAAAACGUUUCGAAUCAUCUCGUUCGUUCUCACUUCUUAAGAAGAUAUAAAACGGAGAAUAAAGAGAGGAAAAAAAAGGUGAUACGUAAAAAUAAAGAGAGAAGAUCUAAAGGACGCACGCGUAUACAGACACACACACAUACGCCGUGUUGUGUGGAGAGAGAGAGAGAGAGAGAGAGAGAAAGAUAGAGAGAGAGAGAAACCAAUCAAGGAAACAAAAAAGAAAGAAAGAAAAAAAAGAAGUGUCCUGCAAUUCAGGAAGACCUUCGAACGCGCGUGUCACACUUCUCGACGCAUUCGGUUCUCGAAUCUGAGAGACUGGUAUUAUUGAUCGACCUCGUGUGCGCUAGAGGGUAGUUCCAAGUGAGAGAGAAAGAGAGAGGGAGAGAGAGAGAGAGAGAGAAUUGUCUUUGAGAAGAACUAAAGUUUCACGGAUGCAAAGUUUGCUCAUCGUGUGACGUACAUACGUUCUUCUUCUUUUUAUUAUUAUUAUCAUUAUUAUCAUAUAUUUUUUUGCCUUCUUCUUCUACUUUUUCCUUCCUUCCUUCCUUCCUUCCUUCCUUUCAUUCUUUCCUUUCUGUCGUUCAUUUCUUCCCCAUUUUUUGAUGGCGUUACAUUGUGAAAAAGGAGGAGGAGGAGGAAGCAUGGCACGAAGAACCAUAAGAAGUUUAUUAUUCCUAUUGGCUAUUGUUGCGACCUUCCUAUGCGAUAAAACGGAAGCAGCACCUACGACAACAACGAAUAAUAUUUCGGAUCUUUCUGCUAUGAGAUACCUCUCGCAGUAUGGAUAUUUGCCAUCGGUUAAUCCAGCAAAUGGCGGAAUCAUUUCCGAGGAAUCACUAUCUCAAGCAAUCUCAGAGUUUCAAUCGCUUGCUGGAAUCAAUAUAACAGGUUCUAUGAACGAUGAAACGGCCUAUUACAUGUCCUUAUCAAGAUGUGGCGUUAAGGAUAAAGUAGGACCGAGUUACGAUGGAAGAUCGAAGAGAUAUGCUCUUCAAGGAUCGAGAUGGAGAGUAAAGAAAUUGUCAUACAGGAUUAGCAAGUAUCCGGCGGGUUUAAGUAGAACAGAAGUUGAUAAAGAAAUCGCUAAAGCUUUUAGCAUUUGGUCACAAUACACUGAUCUAUCCUUCACGGUUAAAUCUACAGGCUCGGUUCACAUAGACAUCAGAUUCGAAAUCGGUGAACACGGAGACGGUGAUCCGUUCGAUGGACGCGGUGGUACUUUGGCACAUGCUUAUUUCCCAGUUUAUGGUGGAGACGCUCAUUUCGAUGACGCCGAACAAUGGACGAUAAACAGUUAUCGUGGAACGAAUCUGUUUCAAGUUGCGGCACACGAAUUUGGACAUUCGCUCGGAUUAAGUCACAGUGACGUUAAAGCCGCCCUGAUGGCACCUUUCUAUCGUGGAUACGAGCCCAAUUUUAGUUUACAUUCCGACGACAUCGAUGGCAUUCAAGCUCUGUACGGAAGAAGAACAACUGGUUGGGGACAGGGACCAACGAACAUUCAUCCAACAUCGGUACCACCAACUGGCGAGGAAGAUCCAGAGCUUUGUAUGGAUCCAAAGAUCGAUACGAUAUUUAAUUCCGCCGAAGGACACAUAUAUGUCUUCAAAGGAGAACAUUAUUGGAGACUGACAGCCGAUGGUAUAGCUAGCGGUUAUCCCAAACGGAUUAGCAAUUCUUGGAAGGGUCUUCCGGGUAAUAUAGACGCUGCAUUUACAUUCAAGAACGGUAAAACUUAUUUCUUUAAGGGAUCGAAAUAUUGGAGGUACAUUGGGAAACAUAUGGAUGGUCAAUAUCCAAAAGAAAUAAGUGAAGGUUUCACGGGAAUACCUGACAACAUAGAUGCAGCGACAGUUUGGACAGGGAACGGAAAGAUUUAUUUCUAUAAGGGAACGAAAUUCUGGCGAUUUGAUCAAGUACAAAAGCCACCGGUUAAGAGUACUUAUCCAAAGCCAAUCAAAAAUUGGGAAGGUCUACCGGAUAAUUUAGACGGUGCUGUCAUUUAUCAAGGAUACACGUAUUUCUUCAAGGACAAGGGCUAUUACAGAUUCAACGAUCGUACCUUUUCAGUGGACGUCGCCGAUCCAGCGUUCCCAAGGGCGACAGCUUAUUGGUGGUUCGGAUGCAAGUCGGCGAGUAAAGGGACGUUAGGUAAUAUCAGAUGGCAGGGCGAAAGUCCCGAAGAAUCUUCCCUAUUUUCCGGCAUUCUGGAUGCGGGCGAUCGUGACUCGUUCGACAAUGACGUUAGCGACAUCAUAUUAGACGCAGGAGGAUUAGACGAGCAAUUCGCAACGUCAUCUAAUCAAGAUCGCAUGGAUUCUGGAUCUCGUGGCAUUUUCAACGACGAGGCAUGGUCCAUUAUCAUUAGUAUCUUAACGAUGAUCAUAGCGAGGUUCAUCAUCACAACAUAAAUCAAAUGUUGUACAACGAAGGAAUGUUUCAAGGUCGAAGGAAGAUGAAAAAAGGAAAUACAAUAUGUAUUGUAUUACGAUAAGGAUUCUCCGGUUAAUCCAUUCGACGGAGUAUCAUCGUGUGUAUAAUAUGUGUGUUUGAAGAAUUUCUCAUGAGUCCAAACACGUCGAAGAAAAUAUGUGGAAAGUAGAAGAGGAAAGAAGAAGAAGAAAAGAAAGAAGAAGAAAAAGAAGAGGAAGAGAAGAAGAAGAAAGACUAGAAGAAUAAGAAGGCCAUUCGUGUUCUCGAUAUUUAAAAUGAUUGUGUCGUCCCUGGUUUCAUGGCUCGAAACGAACGUUCCCGCGCUUUUUUAUUUCUUUUUUUUUCUUUUCUUUUUUUUUUUUUUUGAGAUAGAUGUUUCUACCAUAUUCUCUCUCAUCGUCAACCUACGAUUGGCUAUCGUUAGUGGUUAGAAUACGGUGACUCCGCUGUGCGUCAAAGCUUCUUCUCUAUCGGACGGUAUCCGCGAAAUAGAGAGAAAGAAAAAGAAAAAGAAAGAGUGAGAGAGAGAGAGAGAGAGAGAGAGAGGAAGAGGGAGUGAGAGAGAGAGGGAGAGAGAAAAGUUGGGCGCAAGCUGCCAAUGAAGUGACGUCUUGAAUAGAAAUUUUUUUUCUCUCUCUCUCUCUUUCUCUCUCUCUCUCUAGAUAAUUAGUUCACAAGAGUCGUACAGACGGUAUGUAUGUAUAUGUAAUAAGUAGUCGUACGAAUUUGAUCACAAAUAAAGAAAAAUAAAUAAAUAAAUAAAUAAAUAAAUAAAUAAAUGAAUAAAUAAAUAAAUAAAUAAAAAAUCCGAACGAUAGAAAAUUAACGGUUGAGCGAUCGUUGUUGCACGCGUUUAUCCGCGUUUGAACGAUUCGUAUGAGAUUCUCAAUAUAAUUGGAUUAAAUCGAAUGCAAAACGAAAAAGGAAAAAAAAAAGUAAAAGAAACAGAAAGUAAUAUAACAAUAAUUUUUGAAUUUUUCCCGCGUGUUCGAACGAAGAUUUAAGUAAAAAUGUAAGAAUAUAAAAUGUAAUAAUGUUACAUCGAUUAUCAAUUGUCACGAUACUUUUGACGUGGCGGCAUAGGGUGGAACAAUUUAAUAAAUUAAAAUUGACGUUUAAUUUGCGCGCUUAUUAUGAAUUUGAAAAAAUAAAUCUCUAGACUAUCGCUCAGCCAUCGUGUGCAUUCGGAUAUUUUGGAAUGUAAGCCUAUGUUUAAAAAUAAGUUUUAAAGUAAUGUUCAUUCAUCAUCUCGAUCGAUUGACGUAUUAAUCGAAUUAUAAGGAUUUAAAAAAAAAAAAAAAAAAAAAAGAAAGAAAGAAAGAAAGAAAAAAUCCAAUGUUAAAACUUUACAUAGGAAAUGUGAUGCGAUGUAUUAUUUUUAGAUUUAAGCGUUAGAAAAAUGACCUUUCAAUUUUAUUAAGUAUAACGUCUUUAUAUUCAUACUUUUACGAGUUAUUUUAUCCAAAGUAUACUUUAAUAUUUUGUCUUUUUUCUUUUUAUUUUUUUUUUCCUCUAAAUGAAUAUCAAAUAACAUAAUCGUUUCAAUUGAGAUUGAAAGUUGGACCGUUUUAUGAAGAAACUAAGCUAAUUUAAUAUAAAAAUGUUAUAUAUAAUAGAUUCGAAAGGAAUUCUCGUAUUGAUAUGAAUAUUAUUAAAUUACGCAAUCCAAUGUUUUGGCUGGACCCUUCACACUGCCUAUUUAUUGAUUUUGUAUAUUUCUGGGGUAAAGACUUUAAAAUAUCAUAGGCACUAUUCAUUUGGGUCUAGAACAUUGUUAGCAUUUCGCACAAAUUUCAAAAUGUAUUUCUUAUUUAAAAAAAAAAAGAAAAAAAAGAAAAAAAAAGAAAAGAAAGAUGAAAAAAGAAUGCAACAAAACAUUGCAAUGGGGCAACUAUUAAAGAAAUGCUAAGAUUGUUUCAUAACCGACAAUAUGAUAUUGUCCAGAUAUUUGUUAUAUAGAAAGUUAUGAUGUUACAUGAGUGUUAUAGAAUUUUAAAUUAUAUACAAAUUACAUGUUAAUUGUUUGAAAAUAUGAAAAAAUGGCAUAAUGUAAUUUAAAGAGAGAAAAAAAAGGCAGUAUGCAGUGUAGAUGAUAAGUUUACAAAAAAAAAAAAAAAAAAAAAAAA